AGCGAUCCACCAAACAAGAGCUGUCAACUCAUCAGAAUCCAAACUAUUUCACUCCAAGCACUUGUUCUCUCCAACACUUACUUUCUCCCUUAUAAGAAUACCACGAAUUCCAUCUUUCCUCACCGUCUCAGCUAAAACUCAAUUAACUCUUCUAUACCCAUCCAAACGCCACCGUCUCGGUGUCAAGAUGCUGCUCAGAAUACGCAGCCGAGACGGCCUCGAACGGAUCCAAGUCGACGGCCCUCACAUAUCGAUCUCCCAAUUAAAAACCCUAAUUGAAUCCCAACUCCAAAUCCCCAUCCAGAACCAAACUCUUUCCACCGAUCAAAAUCUUCUUUUAGCUAAAACCCCCGUCGACCUCCUCCGUUUCACCGACAUGGCCGACCCUUCCACCCCACUCUCUGCCCUAAACCUCUCCCACGGCUCCAUUAUGUUUCUCUACUAUCACGGUGAACGCACCGUCCGUGGCGGCCCCGCCGUUUCUCCCGCCGGCUCAUUCGGCCGUAAAAUGACCAUGGACGACCUCAUCGCAAAACAAACCAGGAUCACCCGCCAGGAAUCCCCUCACUGCGACUCUGUUUCCUUCGAUCGCGAUUCUGCUAACGCUUUCCAACGAUACGUCAACGAAACGCUGGCGUUCGCUUCCAAACGCGGCGGCUUCAUGUACGGCAACGUCACGGAAGAAGGUAGAGUGGAAGUUGAUUUUAUUUACGAGCCACCUCAGCAGGGAAUGGAAGACGAUUUGAUCCUUUUAAGGGAUCCUGAAGAAGAGAAAUUGGUUGAUGCCAUCGCUGCAGGGUUAGGGAGGAAGAGAGUAGGGUUUAUCUUUACGCAGACGAUAAUGCAAGACAAAAAGGACUAUAAUUUUUCAAACAAGGAGGUCCUACAGGCUGCGGAGCUUCAUGCGGAGAGUGGGCUGAAGGAGUGGGUAACGGUUGUGGUGAAGCUGGAAGCCAGUGAAGAUGGGGGUGCGGAUGUGCAUUUUGAGGCUUUUCAAAUGAGUGAUAUGUGUGUUAAGUUAUUGAAGGAAGGGUGGUUUGUUACGGAGUUUGGAGAGAAUGAUGAUCCCAAACUUUCGAAGAUGAAGAAAGAUGUUGUUGUUGGUGGGAAGGAUGUUAAGGAGGUUGAUAAUGAUUUCUUCUUGGUGGUUGUUAAGAUUUUCGACCAUCAGGGACCUCUUUCCACAACCUUCCCCAUUGAGAAUCGGAACACCCAUGCGGCAAUGACGGCACUGAAGAGUCAUCUAGAUAGGACGAAGAGUCUUCCAUUUGUGAAGAGGAUUUCUGAUUUUCACUUGCUGCUGUUUCUGGCCCAGUCUCAUGGCCUUGGUUCUGACGUUCCUGCACUGGCAGAGUGUGUUGACUCACAGACAGCAGUGCCAGAAGGUUAUCAGCUCCUAAUUGAGUCCAUGGCCAGCACAUCUUGAUGUUACUUAGAUGCUUCUUUGCUUAUGGGAUGUACUGUAUAUUUAUGAUUUAUAUUAAAUUACUUUGUGCCAUUGCUUACUAGACUCACCAGCAAUCUCAGUUUUCAAUUCCUCCCGUGGUACAGAGGGCCCUCUUCCUUGACAGUGUUACCUAGCAGUCUCCAACUUCGUGCUUUGGAUUCAAGCUGAAAAGUGAUCCAUUGGUCAUAUUUUUACUUUUAUGCGGAAGUGGGUUGAGUCGGUUUGAUGAUUCGUUCAUCUUAAACUUAAAAUGUUACUUGAUACAUAAAAUUUAUGAUGUGAAUUUACGGUUAAAGAUUCUUGUGC